AUAAACUAAAGCCGCAAUGCUUCCGAUCAUGGCACCUUCUCGUUUUCCCCUUCAACACAUUGCAAGAAUGUCCACCUACGCUACUCGCGUACGUGGUUCUAAAAAUACCCCUUCCCAUCGCAUGUUUAUAGAAAAAGACGGCAAGGCGAUUUCACCCUUCCAUGAUAUCCCACUUUUUGCCGAUGCCGACAAGAAAAUAUUUAAUAUGGUGGUUGAGAUCCCUCGUUGGACAAAUGCCAAAAUAGAGAUGGCCACAAACGAAUACCUUAAUCCACUCAAACAAGAUACGAAAAAGGGGAAGCUCCGUUUUGUUCGUAACUGCUUCCCGCACAAGGGGUACAUAUGGAACUAUGGAGCCUUGCCUCAAACGUGGGAAGAUCCAAAUCACGUCCAUCCUGAUACGCAAGCCAAAGGCGACAACGAUCCGAUUGAUGUGUGUGAGAUUGGCGAGGCUGUUGGGUAUACCGGUCAGGUCAAGCAAAUUAAAGUGCUAGGCGCCAUGGCUCUCUUAGAUGAAGGAGAGACGGAUUGGAAGAUCAUUGCUGUUGACAUCAAUGAUCCAUUGGCCGAUAAAUUGAGUGAUAUUGGAGAUGUCCAAAAGCAUUUGCCAGGUUUAUUGGAAGCAACACACCAAUGGUUCCGUAUUUACAAGAUUCCUGACGGUAAGCCAGAAAACCAGUUUGCGUUUGGUGGCAAGGCACAAGGCAGGGACUAUGCCACUCAAGUCAUUAUGGAGACGCAUGACGCUUGGAAGAAGCUCAUCAUGAGCAAUGAGAAGCGACACACAGACACAAUGGCCAUUGCCAAUUUGACCAUCGACCAGUCUCCGCAUCGCAUCUCCGUGGAAGACUCGUCGUACAAGGCAGAGAUCGCAAAGCUUGAAGCCGCGGAAAAGAGAAGACGGAAAGACAGCGAUAACGAUAAAUGGUUUUUUAUUCGACCAAGGAUGUGAGGAACGUAAUUUAAUAUCGCAAUAUAGCCGUACAAAGAUAUACGAGAGGAGGCAUUGAAUAGAAAUCAAUGGGCGAUAACAAUAAAACAUAAUGAGCCCUAUCCAAGUCAUACCUGGCCUGUUCAGGUCAAAAUAAAAUAGCUGAACCCCCCACUCAGCCAAAGUAGCAAGCCAGACCACCUAAUAUUUUGAGCCCUCUGUUGUAGCCAGCCAGCCAGCCAGCCCUCUUGAUUCUAAGCACCUACAUUUCCUUUCCUUCAUCCCUUUUUUCUCCAUUCUUUUAAUUUCGAUUCACACUUCCUAAACCUUUGACUUUGAUGAGUCUAUCCUCCGUCUUCACGCUAGCCUUGGUUUUAAAAAAGGUACAAUUCCCGCCACAUUUUGCAUAUAA